AAAAAAAAAAACUUUCCUCAGCCUCUCUGGUGGACUUGUCUUCCUCUCCGGUUGUUUCUUUGAUUGGAAGCGGUCGUCUCUCCCCCAAUUUUCUCGCGCCCUUUCCUCCACUCUUUCUUCUCUUCUUCUCUUUCUAGACGGCCAAGGUGACGUGUUGCCCGUCCUUCCUCUCUUUUCUUCCACUUUCCCCCUUUUUCCUACUCCAAAUCGAUCCAAAAGUGGUUACCUAGGGUUCCGUGUCGCACCCGGGGUCCAAGAGAUCGGCCUCCUUUUCUUCGGGGUUUCUCCGUCGCCUUCCCGUCUCUCCAUCCUUUUAUCCGUUUCUGGUUUCGCAUAUCGAAAAAUUGUGAAAACAUGGAAUUUUGGAGCUUUUCGUUGCUGAAUUCUGGCAACUGUCUCUGAUUUCAGGGCAUUUGAUUGAGGAUUGCGGUCGUGAAGGAGGGAGCUUUUUAGCGUCUCUUCCUUUGAAUUGGCUGACGAUGGAUGAAAUUAUGGAUAAUUUAUAGCUUUUGGAUGAAAUUAUGGACAAUUUAUAGCCUUUUGGGAGAAUCCCACCUCAAAUUUGGUCAGAGUUGGGUUAAUUUGGCAAUAUGGAUUUGACGAUAGGAGUAGAGAAGAGAAGCAUUGGAGGUGCUUCCGAAGCAAAGGAGGAGGUUUCACGAAAUAAAUUGAAGAGUUCUGGGAGCUUGAGUAACAAGGACAUGUUCUUGAGAGCUGAUAAGAUUGACCUCAAGAGCUUAGAUAUUCAGCUGGAGAAAACACUUUCUAGGGUGUGGAUCAAGGAUAAGAGUGGUCCUCUAAAGCCCAAAGAAGAAUGGCAGAUUGAUCUAUCUAAACUGGAUAUAAGGUACGUUGUUGCUAAAGGGACCUAUGGAACGGUGUAUCGUGGCACGUAUGAUGGCCAAGAUGUUGCAGUGAAGUUGUUGGACUGGGGAGAAGAUGGGUUUGCCACUGAUGCUGAAACUGCUGCUCUCCGAACAUCAUUUCAGCAGGAGGUUGCUGUUUGGCAUAAGCUUAAACAUCCAAAUGUUACUAAGUUCAUUGGGGCUUCAAUGGGUACGUCAGACCUUAGGAUUCCACAGAACAAUGCUACUGGCAAUGACCAUGGUUCCCUUCCAGCUCGAGCAUGUUGUGUUGUUGUGGAGUAUCUUGCUGGAGGAUCAUUGAAAAAAUAUUUAAUAAAAAACAGGAGAAAGAAACUUGCCUAUAAGAUUGUCAUUCAACUUGCGUUGGAUCUUGCUAGAGGAUUGAGCUAUUUACAUUCAAAGAAGAUUGUGCAUCGGGAUGUCAAGACUGAAAAUAUGUUAUUGGAUACCCAGCAAAAUCUUAAAAUUGCCGAUUUUGGUGUUGCUCGUGUUGAGGCUCAGAAUCCGAAGGACAUGACUGGUGAAACGGGUACCCUUGGCUACAUGGCUCCAGAGGUUCUUGAGGGUAAGCCAUACAACCAUAGAUGCGACGUCUACAGUUUCGGCAUAUGUUUGUGGGAGAUUUACUGCUGUGACAUGCCCUACCCUGAUCUCAGCUUCGUUGAAGUAUCCUCUGCUGUUGUCCGGCAGAAUUUACGUCCAGAAAUCCCUCGAUGUUGUCCAAGCUCUCUAGCAAAUAUUAUGCGGAGAUGCUGGGAUGCAAAUCCAGAUAAACGACUAGAGAUGGAUGAAGUUGUGAAGCUCUUAGAGGCCAUCGACACCAGUAAAGGAGGUGGGAUGAUACCUGAAGAUCAGGCGGGUGGAUGCUUCUGCUUUACUCCAACUCGUGGUCCAUAGCGACAUUUGAUGGUAUAUGUUCGGCGAGCUUCCAAUGUGAUUCAAAUUUGGAAAUUAUUGAUCAUGAGUUUCCGAUUUUGAGUUGGAGAAAUCGAAAGUAAUAUUUUUGCUUCAAAACUAUUGGUACACUUCAAAUUGGCAUCGCAUAGUUUGCUGGCUGGGAUCUUAUUGCCAUUGAUGUUUCUAAAGUGCACCUGGGAAAUAUAUCAUACAUUAUUAAAUUGUAUUUCCUGAACCCCACAAUCUGAUUCUAAUGCUAAGAUCAUGUUGUUAGCUUGUAUAAUCUGAUGCCACAGUUUCAUUAAGUAUGUGCGGUGAUAUAUUAAGUUUUUACUAA